UUGUUCGCUGUCAACCCGUUAGGUUCCUAUAAAUAAUUGAGCUUCGUUCCCCAUUUAUCAUCGAACAAUAACUCAUUACAUUCUAUAGAGUAAGAAAAAAUGUCGGGAAUCAUCGACAAGAUAGAAGAGACAUUGGGGAUCGGAGAUCACAAGGAAGACAAGAAACACGUGGAAGAGCACAAGAAAGGCGAAUCCCAUUCCCACGGUGAACACAAGGAAUCCCAUUCCCACGGCGGCGAACACAAGGAAUCCCAUUCCCACGGCGAACACCACGAGGGGAUUGUGGAGAAGAUGAAGGAGAAGAUCCAUGGAGAGCACGGCGAACAUGGAAAGGAGGAAAAGAAGAAAAAGAAAAAGAAAGAGAAGAAGCACGAGCAUGGCGACGAACAUGGCCACAGCAGCAGCGGGAGUGAUAGCGAUUAAAUUAUAAAGGUAAAAUGGAGUUUCCUUGAAUGUGUAAUUCAAAGAUUCACCAAGAACAACAAAUAAAUUGUGCCUUGUUCAGCUAGUCCUAGUGUAGAUUUUUGUUAAAUAAAUCAUUUUCUUUUUGUUUAUAUUUUUUGUUUUUUUAACCAAAAAAAAAAAAACACUCAAACACAUAUGUGUUCCCAGUAAACCUCAUUCUUGUGUAAUAGCUAGCAAACCACGCACUAAUACGUUGCUUAA